AUGUUUACUGGGAGUGUGAUCAACAGAGAUUUGCAGAGAUAUUGCCGACAUACUCACUUAGUCGUGACCCUGACGUGCUUCGCAAAAGUUUGCCAGAAACUGAAUUCGAGACAUACCACGCACGUAUGGUCCGAAACCGUACAAAAGUAUUCUCGUUGCGAUCUUACCUUUUGCUCGGACAGGCUUAUCGCAAUUUCGGCGCUGGCAAGACGAACUUGCGCAUCAUUAAAAUUGUCUCCUAAAGAUUACCUCGCAGGGCUAUGGAGACCUGAACUAGAUUAUGAACUCUUGUGGUAUACACCUUCGAAGAUUUACGAUCAGGAGGAAACGAUUUCAAGUUGUCAGGUCUGGGACUCUGACCAGGUGGGAGCACCCUCUUGGUCAUGGGCAUCUUGUAAUUUUCACGUCUUGUUACCAGUAAGAGAUCCGCGCAAUGAGCUUGUCAACUGUUUGGUGGUUCUUGAGGCAGAAACCGUUUUUGGUAAUGAUCCAUUUGGCAGCUUGAGUGGUGGUCGUCUCCUUGUUCAACCUCCUCUUCACCACAUUGAACACUCCAAGAAACCCACAGGAACACUUCCCGAAGAGCCAUUUUUCCCUGGGCACGGAAAGUCAGAUAGUCCAUUGCCCAUCAAAAUAAGGUGGGAUCAUGACUGGGAGUCGACAUGGGACGAAAAAGGCUAUCUCAAGCCUAAAUCACUGUAUUGCAUGUGUAUUCAAGCUGGCACAGGCAGUUUCUGUGGUGUCUGCUGUCUUGUCUUGCAGCCAACAGGACAAGGCAUUGGCCAGUUUCGAUGA